AGGGUAACAGGUGAACGACCUGAACAUAGUUAAGUACACACAAUUUCUUGCUUCAGGAACUUUACAGGAAGAAGCAAGAUAUUGCAAUAUCAAUACUUAGAGUCCUAAAUAUAGAGACGCCUUAAAAUUGUAUGGAGCUAUACUUAAACAAUUAAGAACCUUUUAAUCGGUUUCCUCCCUAUAUAUAGUUCAUAUCAAUCUCCUUUUAUCUCUCGUAAACCAGAUCUCUUUUUCUUAGUCAAUUACUUCAGGCUGUUCAACCACGGAUUUGUCAACCAUGUUUAUUCCUUUGCUCCUCUUCCACUCUUUCCUAUUCAUCCAUGCAGCUCUAGGUGAGAUUGUAUGUGAGCAUUUGCCAAACGAGAUUUGCGCAUUUUCAGUGUCAUCGUCGGGGAAACGAUGCUUGUUGGAGACGAUGGCUAAGAAAGGCGGAAAGGUUGAACACGAAUGCAGGACAUCGGGAGUGGUGGUAGAGAAGAUGGCUGAAUACAUAGAGACGGAUGAGUGCAUCAAGGCAUGCGGUGUUGAUAGGAAGGCAAUUGGAAUUUCCUCUGAUACCCUCCUUGACCCUCGAGUUCUCAAUAAGCUUUGUUCAACAGCUUGUUACCACAAGUGCCCUAACAUUAUUGAACUUUACUUCAACAUGGCUGUUGGAGAAGGAGUAUUCUUGCCUUAUCUUUGUGAAAAACAACGGUCCAACCCUCACCGCGCUAUGGAAGAACUGUCGAGUUAUGGCGAUGCCCCUUCAUAUGCCUCUAGUCCUUUUUCGCAAGAAUCGUCAAGAAAACUUCAUCCUGCAUUUGCCCCUGGUCCCUUAUAGCCAUGCAUGUUGCUUCUCCUUUGGAAUGUUAGUGGCAACAAAUUUUGGAGGAGAUUUGCCACAUUAGUUGAAGCGUAAUCCCUAAUACUAGACCGCCAAACUUCUGUUUCAAAUAUGUACAUUUAUGACAUUGUUAUUGUUUAGGAGUAGAUGAGGUCAGAAAAAGGUGCACAUUGAACCAAUAAUGUUAUUUGGAUCACUCUUAUUCAUUACCUCUAUUAGAAGGUGAGUACAGACGUCCCACAUAUAUGGAAUUUGAUCUUGCAAUGUGAUCAAGGCUAUCAUAGCAAGAUGCCAACUCAUUUCGAAGUCAACUUGGACAACAUGGACACAACUUAAUCACAUGCAAGAGAAAUUGUCAAUGUGUGUAAAAUUCAAAUUACAAUAGUCAAUUAGGACAACAUUGAAUUGUAAGUAGUCACGCUCAUGUUUAUUAGUAUUUGUUAUAUAUAAGGUAAAGUGAAGAUUCAUUAAAAUAAGAUUACUAUACUAGCCAUAAAAAAUUUUUUUUUGUUAGAAGAAAACGAGA